AAUCCGUGGGCCUGUCGCCCACGCGCCAGAUCCACAAAUCCUAGAUCCUCAUAUUAGGAGUGUGCCGCUCUAGAACAGGUUGGUUCGGUAGCAAAUCGUGCGAGCUUGGUGUACCCGGCGUCGGGGACACCCGCCUUUGGCUACGCUCGGGAAGGAGGUCCUCUUGCUCUCCUAUCCCCCCCCCCCGAGGAGGAGGAGGAGGAGGGGGGGUGUCACCAUGAUCGGCCCCGCGCUUGGAGGAGCGCGGCGGCGCAGGCGUGCCAGCAGGCAGCGACCGCAGCUGCCGGAGCUGCGGCCCGCUGGAGCUUCGCCGCGCCCUCCGUGGAAGAUCUCGAUCGCCUUGCCGUGCAGAGCCCGCCCCUCCUGGAGCCUUCCAGAGGGCAGGAGCGAGGAAGAGAGGGCGAAGGUGCAGCAGGUGGCACGACCGGGGCUGCUACGAGUCCAGCACGUGUUCCGACAUCCGGUCGCUGUUCGAGGCGAGGGAGGAGGUGGACAAGCUCCCGCCGCCGGGAGAGUGCAAGAACCCCAAGUACAUCGUGGAGGGCUCCAGGUACCGGUACGGCUUCAUGGAGGGCAACCGCCUGGAGACGAUCCAUUUCCCCGGCGAGGAGUGGCACAAGUGCUGCAUGACGGAGGGGGAUCACCCCAAGCUACAGUGUCAGCGGGUGGACGUCAUCGAACACGGCCAAGUGAUCUCGGAGCAUGACGGCUACUGCGGCGUGCACAAGUGCACUGGGCCCAGGGACCGUUGCCUUCUUGUCGACAGGCAAGAGGAGGACUACAGGGCGAAGAAGCGCGGCGAGUGCCCCAAGGGCUGCUGGAAGAAUUGCAAGAAGACCACGCACCGCCUGGAGUGCGUCUACAUCGGGGGCGAGCCGCCGCACGGGAACGAGGGCGACGAGGUACCGAAGGGCUUGUACGAGGAGCCUCUCAAGUACGAGGUCUACUCCCUGCGUGCCCCCGUCGCGGCGGCGCUGCUGGGGGCGCCGCAGACUGCGGCGGCCGCCCGUGGCGCGCGCGCCGGCGCGCGCCGGACCCGCGCGUGGAGCGGGUUCCUGGGCUGACGAAAGCCCUGUUAGAGAGCGUUCUUCCCAUGCAUCUUGUGGUGUUGGGUCCCCGCUUUGGCGAGGUAGUCCCCGUGUCUCCUCUCCUGCACCUCCUCCUCCUCCUCCUCCUCCUCCUCCUCCUCCUCC